AGCAGGCAAUAUUGGAAAUAAUGUACGAAUACUUAGACCAGUCCGUGCUGAUCGAGUUGUACCCACUUCUGCCAAAUGACCCAGGGGUACUGGAUGUGGAGCGAGUGUUGUUGGAAAACUUUGGCGCACCGUCGUAUCUGUUUGUACCGUUGUACGUGGUCGAUUUGCAUGCGAAAGCCACAGACAUGAGUGACAAUGUGACAGCGGCAGCAUGGAGCCGAGCGGUAAUGAUAAUGAGUUAG